CACUAUAUGAUAUACUGAACCAAUUCCAAAAAGGGCACAGCCACAUGGCUACUGUUGUGAAGAGCAAGCACAAUGUUAAGGACACUGCAGGAAAUGCAACAGACAAAAAUGACAUGAUCAUGAUAAACAUCAAUUCAAACUCAUCAAUAUUACAAAAACAAGCAGAGGGAAAAGGAAUUGAGAUCAAGCAACAAAAGAGUAUUUCUACACAUACACCACCAUCUGUGACUUCUAGCGACACUACUGAGAGUCAGAGUCCAGCAUUACAGUACAUAACGGAGCGAUGCAGUGACAGCUGGAACCUCCAACCAAAGAAAGGAGGUGAACAAGGAGAUGCAAAUAAAACAAAGGAAGUUUUGGAAUCACUUCCAGAUCAAGAGGAAGAAGUCAUUGGUAUCAUUACUAUGGAAGAUGUUUUAGAGGAACUCUUACAAGUUAGUAAUAUAUAUAACUAAUUAACUAGUAUUAAUAAAUACUAUGAUGUACUUCAUGCAAAUGUUAUUUUGUGUUCCAUUAUAGUUAAUUAAUAUUGCUGCUUCAGAUAUAACUUAUAGAA